AUGAUGGGCCCUCUGAAGAUGGAGAAGGAGGGCGGUGGCGAUGUUAUAAUUAAUGAGCCUUCUUCUCAUGGACCUCCAAUUCCGGUGAAAAUGCGAUUGUUCUCUUCUGCACAUCGAGAGGGAAUUGUAAGUUGCUAUGAAGAAAUAAAAUGGGUUCGCAGAGUCACAACAUGCCUGGAAGAACAGUCCUUCCACCUUCCCCUCAUCUGGUAGUCCAUUGUCACGGUGGUGGUUACGUGGCCACUACUUCCAAAUCUCAUGAAACCUAUCUCCGUUCAUGGACCAAGGAUCUCGGAUGUCCCUUAGUUUCCAUCGAGUACUCUUUGUCUCCCGAAUUCCCGUAUCCCCGACCGACUGAAGAAGUUCUGUAUGCCUUUGCCUGGAUGUUGACUUAUCCUGGACGGGUUGGAUGGACUGGGGACAAAGUUGUGUUCUGUGGGGACUCCGCCGGCGGCAAUUUGAUCGUAUCCACGGCCUUGAAAUUAAUCGAAAUGGGGACUAAAAGACGACCGACGGCACUUGUGCCGAUUUAUACGCCAUUCUUAUUCCAAGUAGGGAGAACUGACGUUUUACCGUUUGUUUGUCCAUUUCCCAUGUUUAUUUUAUUUUUACAGUAUCUUCCAUCGCCAUCACGAGUACUGAGUUUCAUCGAUCCCCUGCUUCACAUGGGCGUUGUGAUACGUUGUGCCGCAGGUAAAUUGAAAUAAUUACGUGUGAAGUAUGACUUUAUUUCAGCCUACACAAAUGCUUGUCCGAAUGGCACAGAGGCCGAGAAGAAUCGACGGAAAGCAGAGAAGGCCUCCCACAUUCAUCACAAAUCUCUGAUCGAAUAUGUGGAUGAGAUCAACAAGCAGAAGGAAGGCCUCGGGUUCUUCAGCCAGUUCUCUGAUUUUGGCUCUCAACCCAUUGUGUCUUUGGUUAAUCUAAGCGAGACCUCAUUGGGAAGUCUGGGUUUAUGUUCGUCUAAUUCCGCCGCCUUGGAGAAGAUCAGCGAGGGUGAGACGGACACAUCUACUGAAACGGAAGGAGAGAAGACUGACAAAUCGAGUAAUGAUUCAGCUAUGGGAAGUGCCGGUGAUGAGGAAGAAGAAUCGGAUGCCCAGCCGAAUAUCACGAUGGUUCAUGUCGAUGGGAACCCAAAUCAUAUAUGUUUGAGUGCAAAUAAUUAUGAUCAUCAUCUCCUCGAUUACUUGCAAAGCCAUCCGUUAACCAAAAGGUAUGCUUUAUUAUUUCUCCCUGUGAUUAAUGAUCAUUUCAGCUCUCUGCAGACACAUUCAUCAGCAAUUUUGGAAGAAGAUGACGAUCCAUUUGGCUUGGACAGCACCGAAGACGAAGAGAUUAACGGAGAGAAGAUUCCCGUACAAUCCAAGUCAUUCACUGGGUAUUCCACCCCAACUAAUAAAGUCCCCAGUGCCAUCAAAAAGCGGGUCACUCAAACCGAGAAACCGGUUCACAAAAGAAAAGUUUCGGUAUGUUGUAUACCCUAAUCAAUUUCCAAUUUUUAAGUCUAUGUUUAUUAAAAAAUUUUAGCGAGGCCGUUCAUUAAGUCAAUCGUUGCUGGAGACGGCAAGUCAGGCAGCGGGGCAUGCUUAUGAUUCUUUUUCCAAUUGGUUUGAUGUUGAACAUACACCUUUGGGACAUCUAGAUAAGCCCAAGCUGACUAGGUCACAGACGAUGAGCGUUUACGAGUCCGCAUUGAUUCAACAAGCCGAGGCCGAGAAGAUGGAAUCCUGCUUCACGGAAUUACUAAAAUUGGAUCUUCCGAGGGAAUAUCUGAUAUCUCCGAUGUACACACCAGACGAAAUACUCAAACAGCUACCUCCGACCAGUUUUGUUGUAAGUAAAAGGUCACAUGCCGUGUUUCAAACUCUUUCAGGCGUGCCACUUAGACCCCCUUUUGGAUGAUACAAUCGCUUUUGCCCGUCGCUUACGAAAUGCAGGAGGGACCAUAAGAUCAGUGGACCUUCUUGAUGCUCUUCCUCAUGGUUUUCUCAACUUCACACCGAUGUCUUAUGAAUGCCGCGAGGGCGCCAACAUCUGCCUGAGGCGCAUUAAAGAGGCUCUCAGCUCAUAA